AUGGCCAAGCUUGCGUACGGAUUGCUGAUGAUUAUCCUCGCGAUUUGCUGCACCACCGCGUGGGCGAAGCAGGAGGGCAAGAUGCAAGGGGGCGCAUACUCGCCUUGCGAUAUGUGUCGCUUCUUGGUGGGCUACGUGGAGGACUUGGUGGGCCAGAAGCAGUCAGUGGCCGACAUCGUAACCGUGUGCAGCGCCAUGUGCGGUCUGGCACCGCGCGAGAUGGCUGCCGCCUGCAGGGGCUUCGUCUCUUCCUACGUGCCCUUCCUCGUCCAGUACCUCAUCGACACCGAGAACCCAGCUGCCGCCUGCUCGUCUGUUGGCGUGUGUCCUGUGGAUGACGUCGUCGCGUCAGGCGACGCCGCCGUGCUCUACAUUCCCCGUUCGGCCGCGACUGACGAGUGCACGCUCUGCGAGACGGUGACCGGCUUCGUGCAGGGCUACCUCUACGCCAACCACACCGAGCAGGAGAUCCAGGAGGGACUCGACGCCCUAUGCUCCCUCCUCCCCGACUCGCAGCAGUGCACCACCAUGGUGGACCAGUAUCUCGCCGCCAUCUACAUGUUCCUCAGGUCGUACGCCAACCCGCACCUCGUGUGCGCAGAGAUCAAGCUCUGCAGUCAGAAGUGA